AUGACGACACCGAGGCCGAAUCGGAGGCCAGGCUGCCUAGUAGCGGCGGUGGCGGUGCUCCUGCUGGCGGUGGCCAGCGCGAGUGGCAGCUACCACUCGGGCGUCAGCCCGAUGCCGCACGUGCCGGCGGUGCCAAAGGAUCCGAACUCGCGCUGCGAGGAGAUCACGAUCCCGAUGUGCCGCGGGAUCGGCUACAAUCUGACGUCCUUCCCGAACGAGAUGAACCACGAGACACAGGAGGAGGCGGGCCUGGAGGUGCACCAGUUUUGGCCACUGGUCGAGAUCAAGUGCUCGCCGGACCUGAAGUUCUUCCUCUGCUCGAUGUACACACCGAUCUGCAUCGAGGACUACCACAAACCGCUGCCGGUGUGCCGGAGCGUGUGCGAGCGGGCCCGGGCCGGCUGCGCUCCGAUCAUGCAGCAGUACAGCUUCAGCUGGCCGGAGCGGAUGGCCUGCGAGAGCCUGCCGGUGGCCGGCGACGGCGACAACCUCUGCAUGGAGAUGCCGACCGAUGACGAGCACGGUGGCGGCGAUCGCGGUGGCGGAACCGACCGCGGCGGCUCCUCGGGGGGUGGCCACGGUAGCAAACCGACCCGGAAGUCACACUCAUCGGGCGGCCAAAGUGGGGGCACCGGCGGGGGCCAGGGCCAGCAGGGCAAGCAGUGUAAGGGCAAGAAUUCAAAAAACUGCCAAAAUGCCCCAGGGGAAAGAACAAAGGAGUGCAUGUGCCGGUGCCGGGAGCCACUGGUGCCCCUGGGGAGGGAAGGAAGCAGCGGCAGCAGCAGCAUCAGCACCGCCACCGGCACCACAACGCUACUGCACCAUCACCCCGGCAGCCCGGGAAGCAGCAGCAGCAACCAAAGCGUCGAAAGGGUCGGCGACGUCCUGAACUGCGCGAUCCCGUGCCGGGGGGCGUUCUUCACGCAGGAGGAGAAAGACUUCGCCGGCAUCUGGAUCGCGCUCUGGUCCGGCCUGUGCGGCAUCAGCACGCUCAUGACGCUGACCACGUUCCUCAUCGACACCGAGCGCUUCAAGUACCCUGAGCGGCCGAUCGUCUUCCUGUCCGCCUGCUACUUCAUCGUAUCGUGCGGCUAUCUGACCCGGCUCUUCCUUGGCCACGACGAGAUCGCGUGCGAUGGGCGCUCGAUCAAGUACCCGGCGGCCGGGCAGAGCUCCUGCACGCUGAUCUUCAUCAUGGUGUACUUCUUCGGUAUGGCCUCGUCGAUCUGGUGGGUGAUCCUAUCGUUCACCUGGUUCCUGGCGGCCGGCCUCAAGUGGGGCAACGAGGCGAUCUCGAAGCACUCGCAGUACUUCCACCUGGCCGCUUGGCUCAUCCCGACCGUGCAGACGGUCUCCGUGUUGCUACGCCCCGCCGUCGACGGUGAUCCGGUGGCCGGCAUUUGCUACGUGGGCAACACAUCCGUCGAGCAUCUGAAGAACUUUGUACUCGCCCCACUGUUCAUGUAUCUGGUCGUUGGCACCACCUUCCUGAUGGCUGGCUUCGUUUCGCUGUUCCGCAUCCGAUCGGUGAUCAAGCAGCAGGGCGGAAUCGGGGCCGGCUCGAAGGCGGACAAGCUCGAGAAGCUGAUGAUCCGGAUCGGGAUCUUCAGCGUGCUGUACACGGUGCCGGCAACGAUCGUGAUCGGGUGUCACCUGUACGAGGCGUCUUACUUCGAGGACUGGAUGACGGGGCUCACGUGCCCGUGCAAGAUGGCCCCGGGUGGGUUACGCCAGAGGCCACUCUACUCGGUGCUGAUGCUGAAGUACUUUAUGGCGCUGGCGGUUGGCAUCACGUCCGGGGUGUGGAUUUGGUCCGGUAAAACGGUCGACUCGUGGCGUCGGCUCUGGAGAAGGCUGUUCGGGUCGCCGGAUCCGACCGGCGCGGGUCAGGUGUUGAUCAAGCCGCGGCCACCGCUACCGCAACCGUACGCCACGUCCGGGAUUGGAGUGCCGGGAUCGGCCGCAGCUUCGUUGCUGGCCACACCGUACACGCAGACGGUUGGCAGUGUGGCGUCGACCAGCCACCACCAUCUGCACCAUCACGUCCUGAAGCAGGCCCCGCUGAGCCACGUAUGA